AGUAUUUCCUAUCCCUAUCGACUCGCUAACGUCCAUCUCCUACUCCCUUGCAAGUCGUGGCACUCAACUCCCUGCGCCGUCCGCUGUACCAUCAGUAAAAUCCCGCUCGCUUUCUCUUCCUCUGCCUGCUCUUCUCUUCUGCGCCCCGCUGUACCACCCUCGCCGUAAUUAUUGCCCUGCCUAACCCCCAUUCGAUUCAAUCCUUGCGCACCCGGUUUGCGUUGAAUCUCCCUGCUUAAUACUGCACAAAGAAGAGAAAUAAUGGCGGCGUCGCUCACGGCCCUCUCUGCGUCUGUCACGCGCAUCCUCUCCCUCUCCGGCUUCCCCAAGGAGCUCAAGACGAAGGACAUCCAGGCGGCCUUCUCGGAGUGGGAGAACGUCGGCGGGGGCUUCAAGAUCAAGUGGCUGGACGACACGAGCCUGCUCCUCGUCUUUGCCGACCCUGGCGUAGCCAAGCGCGCGUACCUGCAGACGCUCGCGCACCCGCCCGCCUCGCUCGCCCCGCCCAACUCGGACAGCCCCGUCACGAUCAAGCCGUACGACGGCCCCGACGCGCAGAGCAUCAUCCAGAACGUCAACGCGCGGCACAACAGCCAGCGCGGGCACGGCGCGCGCGCGUCCUCCGCGUCCGUCUCGCUCCCCAAGCACCGCGCCAACAACAGCGGCAACAACGACCGCGAGCCCUCGCCGACGCUGCCGAGCCUCCCGACGCACCCGACGCUCAGCGCGCUGCUCGGCGAGCACAUGGCCGCGGCGGACCCCGCCAUCCUCGAGGCGGGCGCGCAUGCCGACGCAUUGGGCGGCGCCCCGCGCAUCGGCGACCCCGCGAAGCGCAUGCUGGGCGCGGCGAUGGGCGUCCGGCACCCCGGCCUCGGCCCGCGCGUGCUCAACGGCAACGGCACCGCCGGGGACUCGACGCUGAAGGAUGUGCAGCGCGCCAUGGCCGGCUUGGUCGUUGCGGAGUAAGCGAAUCCAUCCAUCACUCGUUAUCAGGUGGCAGAGAGUGUAUAGAGAAGAGAAGAGUUUCAGAGCGUUCUUUCGUGGAUUUUAUGCUUUCGGUUGGAUUCGCGGUGACGGAUGAGCAGGUGCUCGAUGGACGGUGGAGGCGAGAUGCGGAAGUACCACCCAUUCCAUUCCUCAGCGAUGUUCGUCACUCGGGCCGUCUGAUUCAGAGUCCCAUUCCUUCACUGGAGUUGGGCAACCCGUCACCUUUGUUCAUGCUUGUAAUCCCUCGUAUGGUUGUCUCUCAUUAAUCGCACCGUACUGUUCCUGUAUAAAAGCUUUCUAUUAACUCUCAGCGAGAGGGGAUUGUACGUUAGCGGUGAGCAAGCAAGUGACAACGAUACACGACAGCGAGUCAAUACAAGAUAUUACGAAUAAGGUACAGUAAGAUGAAUGCGUACGUGAGUGCUUGUGUGGAUUAGUGAUGUGCGAAUAAUAAUGAUAGGUGAGAGAAACAAAGACAAUCACACCCGCUCCUUCCGGGCGUACACGGUUUGGCAGAGGAUAUACCCCGGCACCCGGGCCUCGUCCAGCUCCCGCUCGGCCCUUGCGUUGACCUGGUCGACCAGAUACUCAGGGAACCCGCUGCCCAACAGCAAAGGCCUUGCGGACUUGAUGAACGCCUUGAUAUCGUCGCGCAUAACCUCCCCAAACGCGCGCUGCCGAAUCGCGUCCUCGUCGUCCCCGCGCGCCCACGG